CUCACAAUGUCUGAAGACUCCCCAAGAAGCACAGCAGCUGAAAUAGCCGUGACCAGCAAUGGAGCAGUUGAUGAUACAAUAGAGCACAGUUAUAAUUCGGACUUAAAGCGGUCAAUACAAGCUGGACUUGGCCUUUCAGAAACCCAGAUCACCUCUCAUGGCUUUGAUGGCAAUAAAGAAGGAAUCAUUGAAGCUGGCUCUUUUCAAGCAGAACGAGAGAGGACACAGCAGAAAAGUGGACCCAUUGUUCUGGCAGAAGACCCAAGAAGCACAGCUAUUGAAAAGUUUGAACUUGUAAGAAGAUGGAGUUUAAAUACAUACAAGUGCACCCGCCAGAUCAUCUCGGAAAAGUUAGGUCGUGGCUCCAGAACAGUCGACCUGGAGCUUGAAGCUCAAAUAGAAAUUCUUCGAGAUAACAAAAAGAAGUAUGAAAAUGUACUGAAGUUGGCACAGACGCUCUCUUCACAGCUCUAUCAGAUGGUGCAGACCCAGAGGCAGAUGGGAGAUGCUUUUGCAGACCUCAGCUUGAAGUCUUUAGAGCUACAUGAGGAAUUUGGGUACAAUGCAGAUACUCAGAAGCUUCUGGCCAAGAAUGGAGAAACUCUUCUUGGGGCCAUCAACUUUUUCAUCUCUAGUGUAAACACAUUAGUUAACAAAACAAUUGAAGAUACACUGGUUACAGUGAAGCAUUAAGAAACAGCAAGAAUUGAAUAUGAUGCAUACCGCACAGACUUGGAGGAGCUAAAUUUGGGACCACGUGAUGCCACAACAAUGCCUAAGAUUGAACAGUCACAGCAACUUUUCCAAACACACAAGGAGAAGUAUGACAAAAUGCGAAAUGAUGUUUCUAUCAAACUGAAGUUCCUGGAAGAAAAUAAGGUAAAAGUUCUGCAUAAUCAACUAGUCCUAUUCCACAAUGCUAUUGCUGGCUAUUUUGCCGGGAACCAGAAGCAGCUUGAACAGACGUUGAAACAGUUCCACGUUAAAUUGAAAACUCCGGGGGUUGAUGCCCCAUCCUGGCUGGAAGAGCAGUAAUCAAAGCACAAGUCUUUGUCUGACCAGGGUCAAUAAAUCUGAUGAGAAGAGGGGGCUGGGAAUAAGCAAACUUUCAUGAUUUAUGUGCAGACCAGUUUCAUUUUCUUUAUAAUACAUUAACAAUCACGUUGUAAACUGCUAAACAAUGCUUUAAUGUAUCAAAACAUCAUUUCUGUAUUUACCAAACAAUUUUUUUCUGUAAAGGGUGUCAGUCUAUUUCUGUAGUUUAAAAAAAAAUCAAAUAUAGUUUUGCAC